AGGGUCCAAAGUAUCCGGGAUGGAGGAGCAGAUGACAUUUUUACAGCCAGAAAUCCCAUCAGGUCCGGCUGCUUUCCUUACAUUCACUCGCUUUAGUGCCCUCUGAACCUCGUCCUCCUACACCGUGAUCACAUGAUGAUCGCUGCUCUGACUGCUGCUUCCUGACGUGCUGAUCGGCAGAUUCGCACUGCUUAGAUUGCCUUCAAAGCAGCCGUAGAAAGUGUUUAGCUCGUCAGCCAGCGACGGAUCUUUGUAAGCAGCAGUGCGUUUGUUUACUCCUGCACGGAUUGAUCUGUCCACCCACGGUUUCUGAUUUGAGAAUGUCCUUAUAGUUAUUGUAUCCGUAGCUUGUUCGGCUAGCGUGUUUCUAAAGCUUAGCGCUACAUCCGUGAACUCGCUGACGUCAGAUGAACUUGCGCGAAACAUUUCCCAGUCUACGUCAUCAAGAGCCGCCUGUAACGUUGCUUCUGAUUGGUCGGACCAUCGCGUCACCACCCUCUGCACCGGGGGAUCUUGAACGAGCCGUUGUUUAUAUUCCGGUGUGAGGAAAAUGGCGGCAUGGUCCGAUUUGCCGAAAGCCGGUAGUGAGCGAGCUUUGUAGGGAUUCUUAAACUGAGUGUAGCAAUGACAGAGGAGGACUGUGUGCUCUUUUCCUCAGUCUGUUGCGAAUCCCAGCGUGUUUCCGACUGUGUUUCUAGAUCCGUCGCCUCGGGUGGUUAUUCAAGUGGACAUUGUUCAUCUCAGCGUUCUGGAAAAUCUCAGAUGGCCACGAUGGAUUAGAGCAUUAAGUGUCCUGAAACAGGCUUGAACUCGAGAUGCUGUGUCUCGUCUCUGUGACUCUCUGCGCUCCUGACUCUAUAAGUGCAGUGAUCCAGGCUCUUCUGGGAUGACAGAUGAAUCUGGGGGAGGAGACGCGCAGCUCACACACACACACACACACACACACACACACACACCUGACGGAGGGUUGAUUCUUCAGCUGUGUUCAGCAUGUUUGUCAUGAUCAAAAACUGGCUGCUUGGAGCCACUGAAGAGAGCGAGUACAAGCUGCUGAGCACUGAAUGCAAGGAUGGGGUGAGUUAUGAGGUGCGCCGCUAUGAUGCGUGUAAGCAUGUGUGUGUGAGUCUGGAGGGGCGGAGCUUCGAUCAGGUUUCAGGUGAUCUUCAGCGGAAGCUUCUUGCCUACAUGAGUGGAGACAACGAACAAGGUGAGGUGAUGAACACGCCCGUCCCCAUCAUCUUCACCGUGUUUCCUCGUGAUGACGGCUCAUUAAACCGCCGCCUGGUCGCCGCUCUGCGCAUCCCAUCAUCCUUCCAGAUCGCCCCCCCAACCCCGACCGACUCAUCCAUUCGCAUCGAGGACCGUCCAGGCAUGACCGUAUACGUCCUGCGCUUCGGUGGUUUCGCAGGCGAGAGCGAGUUUCGCGCAGAAGCGUCGCGACUGACGUGUACGCUGGGAGACUCCGCCCCCUUCCAGCGCAAGCAGUACCUGUGCUGCAUCUACGACCCCCCGAUCAAACCGUACGGCCGGCGUAACGAGGUGUGGUUCCUGCAGGACGAGCCCUGAGACGGAGUGUGUGGCUACAAUUACCCAUAAUCCCUUUGUCACGUGUUCAGGUCUGCUGCAGAGGAACGCAGCCAUCUGUAUGUUUAAGACCUGCCCUUAUUUCAUCUUAUCGUACGCAAACAGCUGCUUGACAAUAUUGUAAACUGGUGUUUGUUAUCAUGUUAUUUUAGUGCACACUGAUUUAUAGCGCAGACAGAUUUACCAUUCACUGCUCUUUGUUGUUCUUCUUGUUAUUUUCCUGUAGCAGCUAAUGAAUCUGUAACCUACCAGUCAAACGCUUCUUAAAGAAGUAUCUUCUGCUCACAAAAGCCUGCAUUUAUUUGAUCCAAAAUACAGCAAAAGCAGUGAAAUUUCUUAUUAUUCCUACUAUUUCAAACAUCUGUGUUCUGUGUGAAUCUGUGUUAAAGUGUAAUGUAUUUCUGUGAUGCUCUGCUGUAUUUUCAGCAUCAUUCCUCCAGUCUUCAGUGUCACAUGAUCUUCAGAAAUCAGAAUAAUAUGAUCAUUUACUGCUCAAGAAACAUGAAGAUUAUUAUCAAUGUUGAACACAGCAGAGUAGAUUCCUUGCUAAACAAAAGUAUUAUUUUUUAUAUCCCUCAAAUAUAUAUACUGACUCCAAGCUAGAUAUAGUGUAUAACGUUACAAAAGUUUUUAUUUCAGCUGUUUAAAUCAAAUACUGUAAAAGCAGGCUUGGUGAGCAGAACAGACCUCUUUAAAAAAUUAAAAUUUACAGUUCAAAAAAGAUUUGACUGGUAGUGUAUGAUCUUCUCUGUAUCUCUCUCGAUCUUGUUGUAAUGCAUCUGUUGUAGAUGGUGAAGGUUCGACUGCUGGUAAAGGUCAUAACUAACCCACCCGACUGAGGAGAAACACCGCUGUGGAUUCUGACUGAUCACACUUCUGUUUCCUUGCACUGUGUAUAAACAAUCUGUAAUGUUCUGUGAAUUCUGUGUAAUUUAUGGUUUAAAAAAAAUCAAUUACUUAAAAACCCCACAAUGGCAACAUUUUUUGGUUGUACAGAUUUAACUUAAAUUUACAUUUAAAAAACGUAAUUUAACUGAUUUGUAAUACACUCGUAAUCAGUAGCAGGUAAUGAUGAGAAAGUCACAUGAUGAACCGAAGCCAAUCACAUUUAUCUCUGUGUAAUAUAUAUUCGUGUGUAAUAUUGAAGAAGAAAAGUGCAGUUAUUUGCUCCCGUGGACAGGAGAAAAAGGAAGAGAUAUCUUCAACACCUGGCCGCUGACGACAGAUGAAGCAAAGGUACUGCAAACAUACUACGACUAGUACGAAGCAUAUGUGAUGCCCAAGACGAACACAGAAAAAAAACAAGGAGUCAUAGUCAAGGUAAUGGAGCCACCGACUGGGUAAACGCACUUGAAAAACCAAGAACCGGCAAACUCAGAAUAUGCUAGAUAAUGUGCUAGAGAAGGAGCUGUAUGCGAUCUUAUUCGGCUGCAAGUGAAAGAGAUUCCUGUGGCAGAUACCCUCUCUACACAAUCCUAGCGAAGGAAUGGACAUGCAGAUUCACACGGUUUACAAAAGCUUACGAGUUAGUGGUGCAGAGCUGCAACAGAUCCGUGUCGAGCCGGAGUCAGACAGCCAGCGUGUGCAGCUAGUACAGGUGAUUCUGGACGGGUGGAGGAAAGAGAAAAUGCCCCGCAGACAUCAGUGACUUCUCAAAUUUCUGAGAUGAACUGUCCUUGACAAACGGGAUCAUUCUCAAAGGUGAGAAGAUCUGCUCCCACACAUUCACGUCGGUCACAUGGGCAUUGGGAAGUCAAAGAGCAGCAGAUGUGUUACUCUGGCCAGGGAUGUGUGAACAGAUAGAACCAAUGGUUGAGAGAUGUGAUACUUGCCUGGAGCGACGCUGUUCAGACACCAAGGAGCCCAUGAUUUCUCACAAAAUACCAACCCCCACUAGCCCCCAUUACCCCCAGAGAGAGAUGGCUUGGCUGAGAAGACUGUGCAGAUCGAUGAGUCAAUCUUAACUAAAGCCAAGAUGGACAGGAAAGACCCCUAUCUCAGUUUGUUAGAGUGUAGGAAUACCCCUGGUGACAACGUCAAGUCGCCGGCACAGCUUCUCACGAGUCGCUGACUGCGAUCCAUACUGACAACAACCAGCGAACAGCUCCUACCUGAAGAACCAGCACAGCGCUCAAGGUCCAGCCCAUUCAAUACCAUACCAGAGGGUCACGGUUCCUCAUUUGUGAUUCGUCUGGGGUGAGAGAGAAGAUGGGAUCUAAGAGCUGGUAUGGGCUGUCUGAGAACCAUAGACAUUUUGUUCCUAAAUAUUGCUGCAUGAAGCGCUACGUUAAGUGUCAGAUGUGUUGAGAGGUUUUGUGUAAUGCAGCAACCUCUGUUUAUGAUAGAGUAAUGUUCGAGUAGUUUGAUUCAUGUGUAAUGUGUGUAAUGUUUGGUUGUGAACACUGCUGCAUGUUUGGCAGGAAAGCUCCCAGGUUCUUCGGUACUCGAUGUACACCUCCUUAUUGUGCGCCCUGAGCAACAUAUAACACACCAAGAUGUGUCUGUUUUUACAAUAUUUCAGGAGUAAUGUAUAAUAUUUGUUGUAUUAAAAAUCUAAUUUCUGUUUGUAAAAGGCAAAACUCUGAUUGUAAAGUAAAGGAUUCAUUAGUUUUAUUAUACAUCGAAUCAAAAACUAUCAUGACAUCUUAUCUGAUCAUUCAGUACACGUUAUUUCUGACAAACAUCUCUCGUUUCGGUAGUGACUAAUGUUAUUCUCAUUACUAUAUUUAAUAACUUAAAAAAUCCAUAACGGUACUAAAAUGUAGUUUAUUUCCCCAAAAUAUGAGGAUUAUGUGUUCGCUUUUGACAUGAUCGAAACAAUUAUGACGUUUAAAAAAAGUUCUCAGUAUUUUCUGUACAACACUGAACCACGAUUCCUUUAAUGAAAUAUCACACUAUUUUUAAUCAUCCCCCAUUAAGAACUAAAAUAAUCGAUGUAAAUGUUCUCCGUGAGAGCAGAGGCCGGAGCUUGUGGCAGUGGUGUUUAGACCCAAGUCUGAUGAAGACAGGAAUCACUCAGGAGCGUCCCAGCGGAGGGAAAGACUUUACUCUAUCGCUUUAUUCCAAGCAGCAUUCACUGAGAGAGGGUAGAGAUGCUGGGUGUUAAUAAAACUGUGUCAUUGUGUCAGUGAGUCUCAUGAUGUAUAAUCUUAUUACCUGUUCAUCUCCUGAACUGCAACUUUACCACACGAUUCAGCAGCAAUCCUGCUACUCAGUCAGUUUCACUGGUGAAGGUGUGGGGUAGCUUUAGCGCUUCUUGUUGUAUAGUUUAGGAAACACUUUAACUGACACAACCAAUCAAAACUUCAGAAUCAGCUGUGGGCGGAGUUUGUGCAUGCGUGUCAUGUGCCUGUCUCUCAAUGGGAGGAAGCCACGCCCUAUUUUGGAGCUCCCACCCCGUUUUGGAGAUCUCCAGGCUGCAGUUAUACCCUUUAGGAAAUCCUAGCAAUGUCAAUUUACGUUUCUUUUCUUUCUUUACUAUAAAUUAUACAUCACUUUCCACUUCAAAAACAAUAUACUAGUGUAAAACCUCCUGUAAUGUCCAAAGCAGUUUUUCAUCAUAAUAGUUAGGGGAACUUACCGUUAACUAAUGAAUGGGUUUUUAUCGUUAAAAUCGAGGCCAUUUUCUACUAGCAGAUGAAAGAGCCUUAGCUGAACUCAAAAAGCCUCACACAAAGAUGAAGGAUUUGUGAAAGCUGACGGAUCAAGUCCUCAUCAGUUUAAUGAGCACAUCACAUGAGGGAGCAAAGACUCGAUACAGGUUUCUAGGGGAAUCAGAAAGCGCUGUGUGCUCUUGGCUAAUGUUACUAAACAGCAGGAGCUAGUGAAGCUCAAACCCUUCACAGUUUUAAAGCAAGGUCACGUGAUUUCAGGAAACAAAGCUUGGUUGUGUGAACUCCUUCAGAAAUGUGAAAUGAACAGAGACAGAAUAUAGAGCUUUAUUCAUCCGUCUACACCAGGUCUAUCAGGAAUGAUCCACUUCUGAAUUAUGAUUAUAAUAUUAUCAAAAGGAGUUUACAGAAGAGUUCAGCAC